UUUCCGUAGAAGAUUUGUUGUGGUUUUGUUGUAUCAGAAAGCAGAAUCCAAGUUAGCUCGUGGCUAAUCUUGAAUAAGUUUUAUGUAGCGUAUGUAACUGACUGUUUUCUGUAUUAGUCGCUACUAAGAUCAAGUUCGAUUGCAGGAGUAACUCAUAAUUGAAAGUAUGCCUGGCUGCUUGAUUGAGGUGUCUCUGUCUGAUAUAAUGCUGUAACGUUAAGCAGUUAACAUAUUGUAGCUAAAUAAAAAGGUGCGGCAUGGAACCCAUGAUAAUGAGGCAGUGUGUUCUUCAUGGACCCAUUGGAUCAUGUCUCUGAUCCUGUUUGCCUUUGUGGUUCGGGUCAGGGAUGGACUCCCCCUGUCAGCCUCCACAGACUUUGAACACAACCGGGAACUCCAGGAGAGGAAGCAGCAGCUCAGGACCAUCAGCAAGGCACUCGCUCGCUUCCCUGACAGAGGGACCGUCAAGGGCCAGGAGCUCAACAUAUACUUCGUGUGUACAGAGGGUGUAUCCUACUUGACUGUGUGCCACUGCAGCCUCCCUGUUGCUAAGGCCUUCUGCUUCCUAGAAGAUCUGCGCUGGGAGUUCACAGCAUGUUUUAGUAGUGCUGUUGUUGCCUUGGCAGCAAGACCAUAUCCAUUUUUGGAAUUUGACAGCACCAUUCAGAAGCUGAAGCAGCAGUACAACCAGAGCGGUGGUCCAGCCUUAGAGGUGACAUUGGCAGAAGUCCAAGAGGAUCUGAGGAUUCAUCCACCACAAGUAAUUAAGUUGGAAGAGGUGGAGCUCACUAAUGGUGCUGCAAAUGGGUAUAUGGAGCAAGGUCCUGGAUCUGGUCAUAAUGUAAGAUUGAAACCGGUUACAGCACCAGGCAUCCUUUCUCUGGUCCUAAAUAUUAUGUGUGCAUCUUUGAACUUAAUCCGUGGCAUACACCUCAUAGAGUACACAUUCCAGGAUGACUUUGAAGGCAUAUGGAACGUUGUGACAUUUCUACUGGCAUUUGUCUGUUGUGUGUUUCAGUGCCACCUCUACUUGUUCCACUCUUCUCUGAAGAAACUGAAGUCCUUCACUCUGUUGAGUGUGAUUGUCCUAUGCAACUUGUAUCUGCUCGGCAUGAGGAACUUGUGGCAGCUGAUGUUCCACGUUUCAGUCGCCUCCCUCUCCACUGUCCUUAUCCUCACCCGCAAACUCCAAGACAGAAGCAGUGACUGUGGGGUGUAAGGAGCAGAGAAUGUUUUAUUGUGUUGCACCUCUUCCAGACCUUUGUUUCUGCACCUCCAGUGCAGGUGAGAACAACUGGGGAGCAACUGACUGAGCAAAUGAGUUAUGAGGCUUUCAUGUCGAUUUUUAACAAAAAAAAAUUGUCAUAAAUUUUUGUCAUUGUGGAAAAAUAUUAUUACAAAUUACUGUGUUUUUGUACAUAGUAUGUACUUGCAUUUUGUGUACAUUGUUGCCAAUACUAUAAAGAGUGUACAGUGAAAUGCGGUUAUUUCUGGAUCCUUAAAAAUAUGUGGCUAAACUCAAAAUAACACUGACAUGAAGGAGAUGAUUAUUUAAGAUAGAGAAAUCUUUAUCUCAGUCAGACCUGCCAUCUCCAAAAAAGCUUUUAAAGUAGAUGACAGAGUUUUUUUGUUUCCAGUCAUAGUCGUCGACUCAAGUUUUCACUUAGAAACAGUAACGUUGGAGAAGCUGGUUAUGCUUGCGGUUGUAUAAUUUAGAUGCAUUUCUGCUCACAUUUAACUCAGUAUUAUUUCUACUACCGCAGGCCAUUGAUUAUCUCUACAUAAAUCAUUUACAGCUCUACUUGACACACAAGGCUGAUUAGGAGAAGAAGGUAGCCUGCCUUGCUUUGGUGGCAGUGUGAUAUUUAAACUGUUUUGUGUAGUAAUUAAAUGAUGAAUGUCAGGAAAGUGGACAGUGCAGUUGUUUUUAUUUUUUUAUUAUUUGUUUAUGGGGCUGUAAUAAAAAUCUAAUUCAAAUACACAGAUGUAAAGCUAUGGAUUGUUUAAAGCCUUAGUGUGUGACAGUGUAAACAUUGUUUUCACUAAUUUAACAUCAUCAUCUGAGCUACUCAGCUUCACAGAAAUGACAUUCUAUACUGAGAGGAAUAAGUCUGUUAAGGCAUCUUAUAAUUUAAUCACAGUUUUUGAUUAAAGUAGAAUGUUAAGUGUAAUCUCCCUUUUCAACUUAUUUUGUCCAAUAAAACAAAUUAAAGACAUUAUAGUUACAAUUUUCUCUGUAUUGUCAAAGCUGCGGGGUAGGAAUAUGAAGCACUGAUUUGAUGUGGCUGCAGUAUCAAGUGUAGAUAUUUUUGUGUUUGUUAAUCAUUUAAAAAAGCUAGUUUCAGCCUGCAGUUGACAAAGUUUACAAAGAGUGGGAAAAUUCUAAUGUUUUCACUGGAAGGAUAAAACAUAGAGCAGUUACACAGGUGAAUCUUCUUUUAGUGAAUUGACGUUUGAUUCCUCAUUAUGUGGUCCUGUCAAGAACUGUGGUUCAGUGCUGGCAAUAAGACUGACUCUGUUGUUUAAAUGAGCUUUUCUUUGACAGGGUUGAUAGUUUUCAUAUACAGUAAAUAAGUGACAUUGUUUUUGUUUGUUAUGCUGCAUGGCAUUUUCCGUACUAGACAUUGGUAUUACUAUAAUAUUUUCCUACAGAGGAGGUUUUACCGACUCACUAUGUCCACUGUAAACUAUAAGAAUUACACUGUUGACCAAAUUAAUUGUAAGCAAAGUUGUGUUUAAUGUUUAUAGGAUUUAGAACCAGAUAACAUGGAGAAUAUUUGAUCACUUAAACUGAAGACAAAGGACACUUGUGGUCAGCAUGAAGGUUUUAACAGAAUAGAAAUGCACACUACAGUUGAAAUCUGGCAGCUUUCUGUUUUUUAUUUACUGGUAUCAGAAGUCUGAAAACCAUUCAGGUUCAGAAGGGUGACGUGAAGUAAAUUGUGUCAGUUUUUAGGAUGCCUCUUGUUUAAUACGGGUCCUGUUAGUGAGUCCACUGUUUGUAUGGUUUUUGUGGCUGCGGCGUGUUAAUGACGAUGGGAAUCAAUGUAACAGUCAUGCCUGGUCACUGGUGAUUACAGGGCU